CAUUCUUUGUUCAAUGUUCAGUCAGUUCACCUACUGGUUACUGGCGGUUUUCGUUAUUAGUUGAAUUACUUGAAUUUAUUACACCGUUUCCAAAAAGAGUUCGUUGGUUCGUUCGUUCGUUAAUCGUUGCAAGUAAACCUGUCGAGCGUUUUGAGAUUUAUAGGAUUACUAAAAAUGCCCGCUGAAACACAACCUAUCCUAAAAUUCACACGCCUAAGUGAAAAUGCUUUCGCUCCUUUACGUGGUUCCGAGAAGGCCGCUGGUUUCGAUCUGAAGAGUGCUUAUGACUACAUAGUUCCUGCUCGCGGCAAAGAAGUAGUGAAAACCGAUUUGCAGAUUGAACUGCCCUCAGGGUGUUAUGGCAGAGUGGCCCCUCGCUCUGGCCUGGCGGUAAAAAACUUCAUUGAUGUUGGAGCUGGGGUGAUCGACGAAGACUAUAGAGGAAAUGUUGGAGUAGUGCUCUUCAAUCAUUCCGACCAAGAUUUUAAGGUGGCUAAAGGUGAUCGAAUUGCACAGUUGAUUUGUGAAAGGAUUUACUAUCCAGAUCUUGUUGAAGUUGGAAGCUUGUCAGAGACAAAGCGAGCUGAUGGAGGAUUUGGGUCUACAGGAACUCAAUAAAAUGAUAAACAAACUGAUCUUUGUGUGAUAUUUCUUUUUUAUGUUUAAUAUAGUUAUGUAAGGCAUUACAUUACAUUUAAUUAAUAAAA